ACGACAAUAGCCGAUCAGCCAUGACUUUCACCGGCAGCACCGAUGGCCAGAGCGGCUCUGCAAGGGCCCACUUCGUGCUGGUACCGAUGCUAGCGCAGGGGCACACAAUCCCCAUGACCGAUAUGGCGCGCCUGCUGGCAGAGCACGGCGCGCAGGUUAGCUUCAUCACCACGCCAGUGAAUGCCUCCAGGUUGGCAGGCUUUGCAGCCGAUGUGGAGGCAGCGGGCCUGACAGUUCGGCUCAUGGAGCUCCACUUCCCGAGCGCCGAGUUCGGCCUACCGGACGGGUUCGAGAACCUAGACAUGAUCCAAUCCACGGAUCUGCUCUCCAAUUUCAUGGAUGCCAUCGCUGCGCUUCAGGAACUGCUCAAGGCAUACCUCCGUGAGCAGCAGCACUCGCCUCCAAGCUGCAUCAUAUCUGACCUGAUUCACUGGUGGACUGGUGACAUCGCAAGGGAGCUCGGUAUCCCGAGGCUGACCUUUAGUGGCUUCUGUGGCUUCUCGUCCCUCAUCAGGUACAUCACUUUUCACAACAAUGUAUUUGAAAAUGUCAAAGAUGAAAAUGACCUCAUCACGAUCACAGGGUUCCCUACACCACUACAGCUGACAAAGGCUAAAUGCCCUGGAAAUUUUUCCAUUCCUUGUAUGAAGAAAAUCUGCAAGAAGUUCCUUGAAGAGGAGCUGAAAAGUGAUGGUGAGGUCAUUAACAGCUUCCAGGAGCUGGAGACAUUGUACAUUGAAUCCUUUGAGCAGACGACAAAGAAGAAGGUCUGGGCGGUCGGGCCAAUGUGCCUUUGCCACCGAGACAAUAACACUAUGGCCGCAAGAGGAAACAAGGCGUCAAUGGAUGAGGCACAGUACCUGCAAUGGCUUGAUUCAGUGAAGCCAGGCUCAGUGGUCUUUGUCAGCUUUGGCAGCCUCGCUUGCACUACACCUCAACAGCUUGUUGAGCUGGGACUGGGACUUGAAGCCUCCAGGAAACCGUUUAUUUGGGUGAUCAAAGCAGGAGCUAAGCUUCCAGAAGUUGAGGAAUGGCUCGCAGACGGGUUCGAGGAGCGUGUAAAAAAUAGAGGCAUGGUCAUAAGGGGUUGGGCACCACAGCUCAUGAUCCUGCGGCACCAAGCCGUUGGAGGAUUCGUGACGCACUGUGGGUGGAACUCAACAAUAGAGGGCAUCUGUGCAGGUGUGCCCAUGAUCACAUGGCCACACUUUGGGGAGCAGUUUUGGAAUGAGAAGCUGGUGGUGGAUGUGCUGAAAAUCGGGGUGGAGGUUGGCGUGAAAGGAGUUACACAGUGGGGAAGUGAAAAACAAGAGGUUAUGGUUACACGAGAUGCCGUGGAGACGGCAGUGAACACCCUGAUGGACGAGGGGGCGGCUGCAGAAGAGACGAGGGUGAGAGCAAAAGACUGCGCCAUUAAGGCAAGGAAGGCUUUUCAUGAGGGAGGUUCUUCAUAUGACAACAUAAGGCUAUUAAUUGAAGAAAUGGGAAACAGGAUGAAUGCAGGUGGUUGACACAGAUGGUAGUAAGCUCUCUUUUUCGGUGUAAACAUAAAAUAAAAGAGCCUAUAGUACAAAUAACAUGUCAUUAGAAAGAGCCUAUAUGCCAUUGGAAAUAAUUUUAUUUUAUAAAUAACCCGCUGCUUGUAUCAGGCUCACUGGUGUGACCGUGAUUGUUUAGAGAUUAAACAGGGUCCAAAUGACAGCAAUAUCAAUUGUCUA